AUGAAGUCGUCCGUGUCUCUUAGGUAGGAUGGUAUCUUAGUAAAGAGAGGUCUGAUGUGGAAAUCAAUGAAAUAAGACAAAGGCUCGGUUAGUCAUUACUUGCCCCAAUCGGACGUCCGGGGGGAAACUCCUGGUAAUCAUUGUGCGUUUCUGGUAAAAAUGUACCUAACGGCCAUGGUGGGCCGCUUGUUGAGGAGGUAGCCCCGCUCAUUGUAAGUCAGGUAGGCUGCCUCAGCUGAGAAAAGUACAUUUCAGUUUUGUAUACAGGUAGGGUUACCUUUGAGUUUACAGUAGGAGUCAGUGUCAGACAAUUGUCUAUGGAUUUCUCCAUCAUAGUCAGAUCUAUUCAUGCAUGCCAAUCCACCUCCCUUAUCACAGCUCUUGAAGAUAAGGUUGGGAUUUUUUUUAGAUGGAAUGAAGCAUGUCUCUUUGUGUCUUGCCGUAGUUGGAAGCAUAUUUUCUUGUCAUUAGCAACAAACAAUUUAUCAACAUCUCUUGCCACAAGCUUGCAAAGCGUGUCAAUAGCUGAGUUAUUUAGAAGGGGGCAGAAUGUGCUCUUAGAUUUGGAUACUGGACGACUAUCGUCAUUAGCAUUACACACCUAGAGGUAGACUAGUUCUGCCGUUAUGGAACGAAAACGCAAAGCGCUCCCUUGGUUUGAAAGGGGUUGGUUCUCCGUCUAGGGAAAAAGGAAAGUCCCUUGUUAAGCACAGUUGCUUCAUCCUCAUUGAGAAUAUCAACAGAUAGGUAUUCCAUAUCUAUUGCUUCUGAUAUUGCUAUGCAGCCUAGAUCGUUGUCUUUUUUCAAUCAUAUGUGACAUUUGAAUUGUACAUUUCUUUAAAAUAUUUUUCUACAUAUUCCUUGCAUGGUCUCCCUAUUCGCCAGUGUCUAAUCAACUAUCUGCUUGCGCCUGUUAGGCACAGCAGGUGUCUCCUUAAAGACGCUGCAUGAUCAAUCUGCUGUCUGCAUUGGCCGUGCAGCAUUUACGGUGAUAUGGCCUCUGCAGAAGUCAGCGCAUUCAUACUUCUUGCACUUCGCGGAGCAGAGCUGUUGUCAAGGAAGUGAGUUUGGUGUUUAUACAGGACCUACCGUCAACCAAUGAUGUCAAUGCGGAGUCCUCCCCAUUGUUACAAAACCUGAGAGGCGCUCGGCGAUGCGGUACAGAGCUCAAUUUGGCCUAUGCGUGCCUCUGGAGCCUUCGCAAUUGCGUCACACCAUGCAUACGGCGCCUCCGACCACCUUUUCGGAUCAAGCAUAGAUUGACUCUUAAGUACUUGUCUUCCUAAUUUGUUUGUACAGCACUGAUGAAGACGAGGCCGAAAUGCUCCGUUUUUGUCUUAUAGCACCCUGCACUUUCGCUUUUUGUAUUGUUUUGAGCAUUAAUUAAAUACAUUAUUUUUGCAAAUCGGCCUCUGGGUUGUUCCUUUUCAUGGUUUUGAGUGCAGUAUCUUUUGAAAUCUACAAUAAUUACAAGUACACAUUUCAAUUCAAUAAACAUUUCAAUGGUGUACAAGCUAAAUUGCAGUGGUCUGAAGGGAAAGGUCCAUUCUAUUAAUUCUAAUUUCUAUGACUGAAAUGACACCAACCAUGUUAUGUCUCAACCGCUGGCUGGCUGCUGCUCAACAGGUGGCGCGCAUAACACAAACACCUAAUAAAGUAGGGUCUAAGCUACAACACAUGCAAAUAUGGAAAAAUAUCAGGUUUUUACAUAGAGGUUAAAGGUUAAGACAUUACAUUUUUUAUUACACUUUUUCCCCCCAAGAAAUUAUCAAAUAGUUUGACAAUCCUGUUUGUAAGCUUUUAAGUCAUAAACUCAACCAUCAAUCAUCUUUCCCAGUGAUGAAGAUGUGUCUGAUUAUUAUACCAUGACAUUUAAAUAAUUAAAUGUAUUUAUAUCUCUUGUGGUCCUCUGUAGCUCAGCUGGUAGAGCACGGCGCUUGUAACGCCAAGGUAGUGGGUUCGAUCCCCGGGACCACCCAUACACGCAAAAAAAAAUUAUGCACGCAUGACUAAGUCGCUUUGGAUAAAAGCGUCUGCUAAAUGGCAUAUUAUAUUUAUAUUAUAUUAUGGUGUGGCAGGGUAUACAAAAUGAGUCAACUUUGAGCACCUUUAUCUCUUGAAUGUUCGGGCAUUCCGGUCCAAAAUGUCACUUUCUGCCCACUUCUUCCAUGGGCAAACAUGUAUGGAAAGUGUUUAAAUCAAAAGGGAUGCUGUCAAAAAAUGUUUCAAUUCCUAUAGGAGAUAUGCUUCAUAUCUUGUCUCACACUUACUUUCAUGUUCUGGAAAUGACCAGAGAACGACCCAGUUCUGUGUUUUUUUUUUUUCUUUUCCUUGAUUAUCAAAGUUGUUGAUGGUCUCAAUUUCCAUGAAGAGAUCAUCAUCAUUGAAUAUAUACACACACGUUAGUGCUGAGCAAUUAGUGCUUUUUGAGGUUGGUUCGGUUUAAUUUUUUUAAAUGUAUUAUAGUUUUCGAUUUUUUAAAACUCUGUUCACAACGUUGACAUCAGCAAACCACUCGCCCACACGACGCCGUCUGCCCCGUACAGUUGAAACCGGGAUUCAUCCAUGAAGAGCGCACUUCUCCAGCAUGCCAGUGGCCAUCGAAGGUGAGCAUUUGCCCAGUGAAGUCAGUUACGAUGCCGAACUGCAGUCAGGUCAAGACCCUGGUGAGGACGACGAGCACGCAGAUGAGCUUCCCUUAUAGUUUGUGCAGAAAUUCUUCGGUUGUGCAAACCCACAGUUUCAUCAGCUGUCCAGGCGGCUGGUCUCAGACGAUCCCGCAGGAUGUGGAGGUCCUGGGCUGGCAUAGUUACCACGUGGUCUGCGGUUGUGAGGCGGGUUGGACAUACUGCCAAAUUCUCUAAAACGACAUUGGAGACGGGUUAUGGUAGAGAAAAUAACAUUGAAUUAUCUGUCAACAGCUCUGGUGGACAUUCCUGCAGUCAGCAUGCCAAUUGCACGCCCCCUCAAAACUUGAGACAUCUGUGGCAUUGUGUUGUCAAACAAAACUGCACAUUUUAGAGUGGCCUUUUAUUGCCCCCAACACAAGGUCAUGCUGUUUAAUCAGCUUCUUGAUAUGCCACACCUGUCAGUUGGAUAGAUUAUCUUGGCAAAUGAAAAAUGCUCACUGACAGGGAUGUAAACAAAUUUGUGAACCAAAUUUGAGAGAGAAGCUUUUUGUGCAUAUAGAACAUUUCUGGGAUCUUUUAAUUUCAGCUCAUGAAGAAACACGUGACCAACACUUUACAUGUUGCGUUUAUAUAUUUUUCCGGUGUACAUCACACAGGUUAGGCUUGAUUUGAUUUAUCUCUUCAGAAACUGCACAUCGAGCGAGCUGACAGAAGAAAAAAAAUGAAUUAAAUAGAAUUCAAAUAAUUGAACCGAUUGUUGGUCAAUUAGUUGUUUAAAAAACGAAAAAUAACCGGUAUUUCGGUUAAUCGCUCAGCACUAACACACAUUCAAAAUCCUAUUUGACCUAACCUUAAUUGUAACCCUAAACCUAACCCCUAAAAUAGCCUCUUUCCUUGUGGGGACCGGCAAAAUGUCCCCACUUGUCCGAAUUUUCCUUGUUUUACUAUCCUUUACUAUCCAAGGAUGUUUUACUAUCCUUGAAACCAAACACACACACUUCUAAGAAUGGUGCCUGUGUGUCUAGCUGUGCCACCGUCUGUAUCGUGGAAGAGGCCGUAGAGCAGAUCCUGGCGAACCCUGACCCCUGUGGUGGGGGGGUGAGCUCGGGGCAAUGCGGUGCCCCACCCUGCUGGCCCUGCUGGCAGGUGUCAUGCUUUACCUGGUGAUGGGGGCGCUGGUGUUCCGGACCUUGGAAAGCCCCAAGGAGAGCAAGGAGCACGAGAAGCUGCUCUGCACCACACGCGACUUCCUUGGAAACCACUCCUGUGUCACCGCACAGAACCUCAGCGACCUCAUAAAGGUACAGAACCUCAGCGACCUCAUAAAGGUACAGAACCUCAGCGACCUCAUAAAGGCACAGAACCUCAGCGACCUCAUAAAGGUACAGAACCUCAGCGACCUCAUAAAGGUACAGAACCUCAGCGACCUCAUAAAGGCACAGAACCUCAGCGACCUCAUAAAGGUACAGAACCUCAGCGACCUCAUAAAGGUACAGAACCUCAGCGACCUCAUAAAGGUACAGAACCUCAGCGACCUCAUAAAGGCACAGAACCUCAGCGACCUCAUAAAGGUACACACUCACCAUAGUGCAUACACUUGAACAGACAGACAAGUUAAAACACAUCUGAGAAGAAUCUAAACAGACUAAGACCGGUGUAGAGCCCUACCUGAGAAAGUGUAGCCAGCGGUAGAUUCAGCUGCGGGACAAGUUUUGUCGGAGAGGAUGGUAAUUUGUAAAUUAACCACAAUUUAAGCACCAAAAGGCUUUUGAAAAUCACGCUGAUUCAAGUUUCUUUUUAUUUGUGUGAAUUGGAAAUAUACUUAUUUUUAGCAGAAUUCCUGGUGAUUUUAGUAUUUUUUGACCAAAAACUAAAAUCCUAAAAAGAAGAACACAGACCCCAGAUGUAGACCUAACCUAAGACUGGUAAUGAGCAGGUGUAGACCCAACCUAAGACUGGUAAUGAGCAGGUGUAGACCCAGCCAGCCAGCCAGCCAGCCAGUCUGUUCUGUCUCUUUACUGUCAGAGUGUGGUGAAAGCGGUGGAGGCAGGCCUGGACGUAAAACACAGUUCCACCAACUUCACUAGCAGGUGGGACCUGGCCAGCGCCUUCUUCUUCUGUGGUACCAUCAUCACCACCAUCGGUGAGCAUUUGUUUGUUUUUUUCCUCCUGCAAACCCUUUGGUAACAACUUAGUCAGACUGAUGUGCAUUUUGAAUUUGAUAGAAAAUGAAUAAUCCCAUCUCGGAAAAUACAAUGAACCUCAAGAGACUUCCCACUGGGCACAAGCUGGUUGAAUCAACGAUGUUUCCACGUAAUUUAAAUGAAAUUACGUUGAACCAACGUGGAAUAUAUGUUGAAUUGACGUCUGUCCCCAGUGGGUUGCUGGUUAAAUGACUAAUUUUUUAAGUGAUAUAGAUUAACAUAUAGGUGAAUGUAUAUGGUCUCCAUCUGUCCUCAGGGUUUGGGAACCUGUCUCCCAGGACCAAAUGGGGCCAGCUGUUCUGUGUCUGUUAUGCCCUGGUAGGGAUCCCCAUGUUUGGUUUCCUGCUGGCUGGUGUCGGGGACCACAUGGGGACGGGGCUGAGGAAGGCUGUGUGGAAGAUGGAGACACUCUUCCUGGUGAGACUACGCUGUCUUGUCUCAGGGGCUGGGGCUGCUUCAUUUACGGGAUAUCAUCUCAUUGUACUCGCCUGUCUCAGUGGCCUGCUUAAGUGAUGUCAUGUCACUGUGCUGUAAACAGAAGAGGCCGUCUUGGAGUCUCUAGCACUUGAAACACGUUACACACAAGUAGAACAGAAGCCGACUUAAACAUUCAGUUAGUCAUUAGCUACUUCCCAAUGUAACUUUGCAGUAAUAUUUUUUUUAGUUUCUGUUUAUCAAAGAAAAGGCACAGUAUUUGAGCCUCUUGAGGAAGAUCUUACCCUCUCCAUACAUCUCCCUCAUCUCUCCCUCUUUUAAUACAUCAUUCUUUCCCUUCUUCUUUUGUGUCCCUCUUUCUCUCUGCCCCUCUCUCAGAAGCGGCGGGUCAGUCCCACCUAUGUGCGGGUCAUGUCUGCCGUUCUGUCCAUCCUGAUUGGCUGUCUGAUCUUCCUCGCCGUGCCAACGCUGGUGUUUAAGGAAGUGGAGGACUGGUCAUUUCUGGAGGCGCUCUACUUCGUGGUCAUCACCCUCACCACGGUCGGCUUCGGAGACUAUGUAGCAGGUAUGAAGUGAAGUGAACACGGGGUACAUGAAAGACACUGUACACACUUUGGAUAGUAUAGAAUCUGGAGAGUACACACUCUACACAUUCCUUUCAGGCAGGGGCGCAACUUUGGUUUCAUAAGCGGGGGGGGGACAUAACUUUUUAUUCAAUUAAUUUUUUGGUCAAUAUUUUUUGGGGAUAAACACUCCAAACAGCCUACCCGACGCUCGGAGGCGUCCGCAUGGCCCUAAAGCACACCUUUGCCUCAUUUUGUCUCACAUUCCAAUUAUAAGACUGGGGGGGACAAAACUGCAAUUUCAUGUCCCCCUGUCCCCAGUGAAAGUUGCACCCCUGCUUUCAGGAUACACACUAUGAAAGAUACACAUCAUAUUUCAUAGGGAUAGGGACCUAUCGAAACCCCUUUGUUCGUGGGUGCACGUGCAUGCGUCAAUGUCCUUGUUCUUAGGUGCUAACCGGAGGGACGGAGAUCUGUUUAAGCCCCUGGUGUGGCUCUGGAUAGUGUUUGGCCUGGCUUACUUUGCCUCUAUACUCACCAUGAUUGGGAACUGGCUGCGGGUCCUAUCCAAGAAAACACGUGCUGAGGUGAGUGGUAGUGAGUGGGACACAAACCAAGGAUUUACUGGGGGCACUUUGGAUUUGAACUGUCAAUAUUUACUUAUCCUUUAUCCCUCUGUCUCUGGGUUUCUUUCACUCUCACCUCUCUCACCUCUCUCUCUCUCUCUCUCUCUCUCUCUCUCGCUCUCUCGCUCUCUCUCUCGCUCUCAAAAUUCAAUUCAAUUCAAGGGGCUUUAUUGGCAUGGGAAACAUAUGUUUACAUUGCCAAAGCAAGUGAAAUGGAUAAACUAAAGUGAAAUAAACAAUAUUAAGUGAACAGUAAAUAUUACACUCACAAAAGUUCCAAAGGAAUAAAGACAUUUAAAAUGUCAUAUUAUGUCUAUAUACAGUGUUGUAACGAUGUGCAACUAGUUAAAGUACAAAAGGGGGAAAAAAAUAAACAUAAAUGGGUUGUAUUUACAAUGGUGUUUGUUCUUCACUGGUUGCCCUUUUCAUGUGGUAACAGGUCACAAAUCUUGCUGCUGUGAUGGCACACUGUGGUAUUUCACGCAAUAGAUAUGGGAGGUUAUCAAAAUUUAGAUUUGUUUUCAAAUUCUUUGUGGGUCUGUGUAAUCUGAGGGAAAUAUGUGUCUCUAAUAUGGUCAUACAUUUGGCAGGAGGUUAGGAAGUGCAGCUCAGUUUCCACCUCAUUUUGUGGGCAGUGUGCACAUUGCCUGUCUUCUCUUGAGAGCCAGGUCUGCCUACGGUGACCUUUCUCAAUAGCAAGGCUAUGCUCACGGAGUCUGUACAUAGUCAAAGCUUUCCUUAAUUUUGGGUCAGUCACAGUGGUCAGGUAUUCUGCCACUGUGUACUCUUUGUUUAGGGCUAAAUAGCAUUCUAGUUUUCACAGUUUUUUUUGUUAAUUCUUUCCAAUGUAUCAAGUAAUUAUAUAUUUAUUUUCUCAUGAUUUGGUUGGGUCUAAUUGUGUUGCUGUCCUGGGGCUCUGUGGGGUCUGUUUGUGUUUGUGAACAGAGCCCCAGGACCCGCUUGCUUAGGGGACUCUUCUCCAGGUUCAUCUCUCUGUAGGUGAUGGCUUUGUUAUGGAAGGUUUGGGAAUCGCUUCGUUUUAGGUGGUUGUAGAAUUUAACGGCUCUUCUGGAUUUUGAUAAUUAGCGGGAAUCGGCCUAAUUCUGCUCUGCAUGCAUUAUUUGGUGUUUUUCAUUGUACACUGAGGAUAUUUUUGCAGAAUUCUUCAUGCAGAGUCUUAAUUUGGUGUUUGUCCCAUUUUGUGACUUCUUGGUUGGUGAGCGGAACCCAGAUCUCACAACCAUGAAGGGCAAUGGGUUCUAUAACUGAUUCAAGUAUUUUUAGCCAGAUCCUCAUUGGUAUGUCAAAUGUUAUGUUCCUUUUGAUGGCAUAGAAGGCCCUUCUUGCCUUGUCUCUCAGAUCGUUCACAGCUUUGUAGAAGUUACCUGUGGAACUGAUGUUUAGGCCGAGUAUGCAUCGUUUUUUGUGUGCUCUAGGGCAACGGUGUCUAGAUGCAAUUUGUAUUUGUGGUCCUGGCAACUGGACCUUUUUUGGAACACCAUUAUUUUUGUCUUACUGAGAUUUACUUUCAGGGCCCAGGUCUGACAGAAUCUGUGCAGAAGAUCUAGGUGCUGCUGUAGGCCCUCCUUGGUUGGGGACAGAAGCACCAGAUCAUCAGCAAACAGUAGACAUUUUACUUCAGAUUCUAGUAGGGUGAGGCCAGGUGCUGCAGACUGUUCUAGUGCCCUUGCCAAUUCGUUGGUAUAUAUGUUGAAGAGGGUGGGGCUUAAGCUGCAUCCCUGUCUCACCCCACAGCCCUGUGGAAAGAAAUGUGUGUGUUUUUUUGCCAAUUUUAACUGCGCACUUGCUGUUUGUGUACAUGGAUUUCAUAAUGUCGUAUGUUUUUGCCCCAACACCACUUUCCAUCAAUUUGUAUAGCAGACCCUCAUGCCAAAUUGAGUCAAAAGCUUUUUUUAAAUCAACAAAGCAUGAGAAGACUUUGCCUUUGUUUUGGUUUGUUUGUCAAUUAGGGUGUGCAGGGUGAAUACGUGGUCUGUCGUACGGUAAUUUGGUAAAAAGCCAAUUUGACAUUUGCUCAGUACAUUGUUUUCACUGAGGAAAUGUACAAGUCUGCUGUUAAUGAUAAUGCAGAGGAUUUUCCCAAGGUUGCUGUUGACGCAUAUCCCACAGUUGUUAUUGAGGUCAAAUUUGUCUCCACUUUUGUGGAUUGGGGUUAUCAGUCCUUGGUUCCAAAUAUUGGGUAAGAUACCAGAGCUGAGGAUGAUGUUAAAGAUUUUAAGUAUAGCCAAUUGGAAUUUGUGGUCUGUACAUUUGAUCAUUUAAUGUAGGAUACCAUGAACACCACAGGCCUUUUUGGGUUGGAGGGUUUAUAUUUUGUCCUGUAGUUCAUUCAAUGUAAUUGGAGAAUCCAGUGGGUUCUGGUAGUCUUUAAUAGCUGAUUCUAAGAUUUGUAAUUGAUCAUUUAUAUGUUUUUACUGUUUGUUCUUUUGUUAUAGAGCCUAGUUAAAUAAAGGUUAAAUAAAUAAAAUAAAAUAAAAAAUAGAGCAAAAAAGAUUGGAGAAGUGGUUUACCCAUACAUCUCCGUUUUGGAUAGAUAACUCUUAGUGUUGUUGUUUGUUUAGUGUGUUCCAAUUUUCCCAGAAGUGGUUAGAUUCUAUGGAUUCUUCAAUUACAUUGAGCUGAUUUCUGACAGUUUCUUCUUUUUCCAUAGUGUAUUUCUGUAUUGUUUUAGUGAUUCACCAUAGUGAAGGUGUAGACUCAGAUUUGCUGUGUCUCUAUGUUUUUGGUUGGAUAGGUUUCUCAAUUUCUUUCUUUAGGUUUUUGCAUUCUUCAUCAAACCAUUUGUUGUUGUUGUUAAUUUUCUUAGAUUGUCUGCUUGAAAUUUUUAGAUUUUAUAGGGAAGCUGAAAGGUCAAAUAUACUGUUUAGGUUUUCUACUGCAAAGUUUACACCUUCAAUAUUACAGUGAAAUGUUUUGUCCAGGAAGUUGUCUAAAAGGGAUUGAAUUUGUUGUUGCCUAAUCGUUUUUUGGUAGGUUUCUACACUACUUUCCUUCCAUCUAUUGCAUUUCUUAAUAUUAUGCAGUUCCUUUGGCUUUGAUGCCUUGUGAUUGAAUAUUGCUCUGUUCAGGUAGACCAUGAUUUUGCUGUGAUCUGAUAGGGGUGUUAGUGGGCUGACUGUGAACGCUCUGAGAGACUCUGGGUUGAGGUCAGUGAUAAUGUAAUCUACUAUACUACUGCCAAGGGAUGAGCUGUAGGUGUACCUACCAUAAGAGUCCCCUCGAAGCCUACCAUUGACUAUGUACAGACCCAGUGUGCGACAGAGCUGCAGGAGUUGUGACCCAUUUUUGUUAGUUGUUUUGUCAUAGUUGUGUCUAGGGAGGCAUAUUUGGGAGGGAAUGCUGUCAUCUCCAGGUACAGUGGGGAAAAAAAGUAUUUAGUCAGCCACCAAUUGUGCAAGUUCUUCCACUUAAAAAGAUGAGAGAGGCCUGUAAUUUCCAUCAUAUAUAUACACGUCAACUAUGACAUACAAAAUUAGAAAAAAAAAUCCAGAAAAUCACAUUGUAGGAUUUUUAAUGAAUUUAUUUGCAAAUGAUGGUGGAAAAUAAGUAUUUGGUCAAUAACAAAAGUUUCUCAAUACUUUGUUAUAUACCCUUUGUUGGCAAUGACACAGGUCAAACGUUUUCUGUAAGUCUUCACAAGGUUUUCACACACUGUUGCUGGUAUUUUGGCCCAUUCCUCCAUGUAGAUCUCCUCUAGAGCAGUGAUGUUUUGGGGCUGUUGCUGGGCAACACAGACUUUCAACUCCCUCCAAAGAUUUUCUAUGGGGUUGAGAUCUGGAGACUGGCUAGGCCACUCCAGGACCUUGAAAUGCGUCUUACGAAGCCACUCCUUCGUUGCCCGGGCGGUGUGUUUGGGAUCAUUGUCAUGCUGAAAGACCCAGCCACGUUUCAUCUUCAAUGCCCUUGCUGAUGGAAGGAGGUUUUCACUCAAAAUCUCAUGAUACAUGGCCCCAUUCAUUCUUUCCUAUACACAGAUCAGUCGUCCUGGUCCCUUUGUAGAAAAACAGCCCCAAAGCAUGAUGUUUCCACCCCCAUGCUUCACAGUAGGUAUGGUGUUCUUUGGUUGCAACUCAGCAUUCUUUGUCCUCCAAACACGACGAAUUGAGUUUUUACCAAAAAGUUCUAUUUUGGUUUCUUCUGACCAUAUGACAUUCUCCCAAUCCUCUUCUGGAUCAUCCAAAUGCACUCUAGCAAACUUCAGACGGGUACUGGCUUAAGCAGGGGGACACGUCUGGCACUGCAGGAUUUGAGUCCCUGGCGGCGUAGUGUGUUACUGAUGGUAGGCUUUGUUACUUUGGUCCCAGCUCUCUGCAGGUCAUUCACUAGGUCCCCCCGUGUGGUUCUGGGAUUUUUGCUAACUGUUCUUGUGAUCAUUUUGACCCCACGGGGUGAGAUCUUGCGUGGAGCCCCAGAUCGAGGGAGAUUAUCAGUGGUCUUGUAUGUCUUCCAUUUCCUAAUAAUUGCUCCCACAGUUGAUUUCUUCAAACCAAGCUGCUUACCUAUUGCAGAUUCAGUCUUCCCAGCCUGGUGCAGGUCUACAAUUUUGUUUCUGGUGUCCUUUGACAGCUCUUUGGUCUUGGCCAUAGUGGAGUUUGGAGUGUGACUGUUUGAGGUUGUGCACAGGUGUCUUUUAUACUGAUAACAAGUUCAAACAGGUGCCAUUAAUACAGGUAACGAGUGGAGGACAGAGGAGCCUCUUAAAGAAGAAGUUACAGGUCUGUGAGAGCCAGAAAUCUUGCUUGUUUGUAGGAGACCAAAUACUUAUUUUCCACCAUAAUUUGCAAAUAAAUUAAUUAAAAAUCCUACAAUGUGAUUUUCUGGAUUUUUUUUUCUCAAUUUGUCUGUCAUAGUUGACGUGUACCUAUGAUGAAAAUUACAGGCCUCUCUCAUCUUUUUAAGUGGGAGAACUUGCACAAUUGGUGGCUGACUAAAUACUUUUUAUCCCCACUGUAGGUGUUUGUCCCGCUGUGUGCUGAGGGUGUUCGGUUCUUAUCCAGUUCUGGCAUUUAGGUCACCAUAGACUAGUACAUGUCCCUGGGCCUGGAAAUGGUUGAUCUCCCCCUGUAGGAUGGAGAAGCUAUCAUCGUUAAAGUUUGUGGAUUCUAUUUUGGGGAUAUAGGUAGCAUACAUGAUGACAUUUGUCUCUGUUGAGAUCAUUUCCUUAUUAAUUUCUAUCCAGAUGUAAAAUGUUCCUGUUUUGACUAAUUGAAUAGAGUGGGUUAGGUCUGCUCUAUACCAAAUUAGCAUACCCCCUGAGUCUCUUCCCUGUUUCACCCCUGGUAGUUUGGUGGGUGGGACUACCAGCUCUCUGUAACCUAGAGGGCAACCAGUGGGUCCGUCUCCUCUAUAACAUGUUUCUUGUAGGAUGACAAUGUCUGUAUUUCCAAUUUCUUUGAUGAAGUCUGGGUUCCUGCUCUUUAGGCCAAAGGCAGAUGACCUCAGGCCUUGUAUAUUCCAGGAUGAGAUAGUAAAAGCUUUGUGUUCCAUAGUGUAUUUUUGUGUGGUUUAGGCCCGGACCAUUACAGUAGGUGUGAUGAGAGCAUGCUGAGCAUCUGAUACAUACCUCUUAGGUCGCAGGAUGGGGCUUGGGGGGGUGCAUUAGUGGGGGUUGAGCCUGUUGCUCUUCUCUCUCACCUCUCUCGCUCUCACCUCUCACACCUCACUCUCUCACCUCUCACACCUCUCUCUCACCUCUCUCUCACACCUCUCACCUCUCUCUCUCGCUCACCUCUCUCUCUCGCUCACCUCUCUCCCUCGCUCACCUCUCUCUCCCGCUCACCUCUCUCUCCCGCUCACCUCUCUCUCCCGCUCACCUCUCUCUCCCGCUCACCUCUCUCUCCUGCUCACCUCUCUCUCCCGCUCACCUCUCUCUCCCGCUCACCUCUCUCUCCCGCUCACCUCUCUCUCUCUCUCACCUCUCUCUCUCUCACCUCUCUCUGCCUCUCUCACCCUUUUUCCCUCUCCCUUUCUUUCUCAGAUGGAGGAGUUGAGGGCCCAUGCUACAGACUGGACCCAGAACAUGUCCAUGGACUUCCGGAUCCUCAACCCUCUGGACCUCAACGACCCCUUCCUGCAGCAGCGGCGCCGCUGGAAACUCAGCACCCGGCGGCGGGUCCGCAGGGGGGUGCUGGGGCACCACGGCAGGCAGGGUGUCAUAGGGGAGAACGGACAUCUGCCCAAUAGGUGGGUCACCCACACCCGCUCCAUGACCCGUCUGGAGGUCGUGAGGUUAGGGGGGGGUGAGGUUAGGAAUGAGGGGGCGAGGUUAGGACCAGGGGCGGGGGGCAGGUCGUUGGGCCGGACGGUGGCGAGGUCGCUCUCAAUGCCUGCAGCACGCUCCAUGAUGGAGUUAGACUAUGACCCUGAUCCUGUUUCUAUGAUGAUGAUGCAAGGGGAGACUGGGUCUGUGUUCGAGUCUGAGUCUGAGUUGCCGUCCGAGUCUCCAGAGUCUGACUGCAGAUCAGAAGUCUCCUCCUCUGACUCUCACACCUCUGACGUGUGUACACCAGGGCAGGGGAUCACUUUUGCCAGUUUUGAUCCCAGUGGGUCUCUCUGUACUGAGCAGAGGGGAAGCCAGGGAGAAUCCAGGCAGGUAUUUUUCAAGGAGGACGUCCGGUUCCCUGUGCCUCUCCAGCAGCUCCCCAAGUCCCCCAAGCCCAUCCCCAUGUCGCCCAUAUUCUCUGUUACGCACAUGCCUCUCCCCAUACCCACCCCGCCAGGCUGCAAAAUGCUCGAUUUCUUUGGGGAGAACUUGGCCUACAUUGACGAGUCGUCGGACACGCUGAGUGACCGGAACCAGCCGGUUGAGGGGGGUGUCAGCCCUCGCCCCCGUAAGCCCCGCAGGAGGAGCAUGAGGAGGCCGCUGCCCCACCGGAGCCCCCUGAGGGAGAGGAGGGACAGCGACAUGCAGCCCCCCUCCAACCCCCCGACACCUCCCCCUCUCUCCCAUCUCAGAGACUGA